CACCCCUCCUCUCCCGGCUGCUCUUUCCCCCUCGACGAGUGGUAGCUCUUCCACCAUGGCAGCCUCGGUUCUAGGAAAGCGCCAGCGUGGUGCCAUUGAGGCAGAAGCGCCAUCAUUACCAUUGCGCAGCGCAAGCAAGCGCCGGACACAACCACCGCGGAUUCUUCGGGAAGAUUCAAAGUCCUCUUUGCCGUCUUCUCGCCAGCUGCGAUCGAGGGCAAGAAACCCGGACGCCCCACAACACGACUGUCAAGCAGAGACUAAAGAGUUCGCCAACGAGAAUGAACAGCCUAAGCCUGUGGAUAAAGAGGAGAAAGAGGAGGAACCAUCUCGUCCCUCGAAAUCGGUCAAUGACGAAAAUUCCAAGCCUGUCCUGCUCAAAACCCCCUCCAAAUCGAGAUUUCGAGAUGCGUUAGAUUCUCCACCCGUUACACCGAGACACAGAGUUCAAGUCGGAGGAAAGUCCUUGACUCCACGCACUCCUCGGCAAUAUUCGACUCCUACAACGACCCAAACGAUUUACACCAACGCCAGGCAAUUAUUCGCACGAGGCGCAAACUCGGUUCAGAUAGUUGGUCGAGAUGCAGAGCGGGAGAAACUGACGUCGUUUAUUCAAGACGGUGUGAAGUCACGCCAGGGUGAUUGUUUAUAUGUCAGUGGCCCUCCAGGCACUGGCAAAAGUGCUUUGGUCCAGGAGGUGUGCCGUGCGUUAGACCUCGAGUCUGUGAAAGUUGCACAUAUCAAUUGUGCAAGUAUGCGGACUGCGCGCGAUGUUUAUAGCAAACUCAUUGAAGAUCUGUGUGAAGACGAUCAGGUUUUCAAGAAAAGCGAGACUGAGCGGCUGAAGAGCCUAUUCGUUCCGGAUAAGAAACAUGAUGGUUUCUUUCUAGUCACUUUGGAUGAGAUCGAUCAUCUUCUAACGGCUGACGCUGGUGUUCUCCAGUCCCUGUUUGAAUGGGCAUUACACACCAAGUCCAAGCUUAUGCUCAUUGGGAUUGCUAAUGCCCUGGAUCUAACCGAUCGAUCUUUACCUCAACUGAAAGCAAAGAACUUGAAACCUCGUCUUCUUCCUUUUCUGCCCUAUAAUGCCAGUCAAAUUGCGAACGUGAUCACGAAUCGGCUUCGGUCGCUACUGCCCCAAGGUCACAAUCACGAACCGACUUUCGUCCCCUUUGCCCAACCGGCAGCCAUCAUGCUGUGCUCGAAGAAAGUGGCUUCUCAAACUGGAGAUUUACGCAAGGCUUUUGAACUCGUCAAACGCGCCAUCGACCUCAUUGAACAGGAAACGCUUGAGAAGCUUGAAAAGCAGACUGCCGGCUCAGAGUCCCCCUCCAAGACAAUUCUCGUCGAAAACAACAAUCUCUCAUCCCCGGUUAAGACAAAGCACAAUCCAACAUCAUCCUACACAGCUUUCACGGCGCCACGGGCCAGCAUUGCUCACGUGGCCCGCAUUACUUCGUCUGCUUUCGGCCAGGGAACGGUCCAGCGGCUUCAAAAUCUCAAUCUUCAGCAAAAGGCGGCAGUUUGUGUUUUGAUUGCUCUGGAUCGGAAAAAACGCGAGGGAGAGCACCUCGGUACUCCGUCGAAGACCCGACAUUCCGUGCCGACUAUCAAGCAAAUUUUCGACACCUACUGUGUUUUGUGUCGCAAGGACAAUCUCCUCCAUCCUCUUACUGCGACAGAGUUCAAGGAUGUUAUCAGCAACCUGGAGACGUUGGGGUUAGUGGGCGAGUAUCAGGGUCGAGGUCGAGGCGGCACGGUUUCCGCCGGCUCGGACGUCAGGCGCACUCCUUCGAAGUCGGGCAAUGGACCGAUGACCCCCAGUAAAACGCUGGAUGAGCAAGGCCUCGUUUGCUUUGUUUCACAAAGGGAAAUUGAGAGCCAGAUUGCAGGACCCGGCGAGGGCAUCCUCCGAAGGUUACUCAUGGGCCAAGGGCUGUGAUACCCAGCCACCCUUUCCUACAUUACCGAAUGCCUUCUCAUGUUUGAUUUCUUUCUUUUGUGGUGACCUUUGUCAUCUUGCAUAGCGUUGCGUCAGAUACACACACACAUUACACUACUUGGGUACAGCACUGCCUAGCCGAGUGAUGGCAAACAUUGCCCACUAGGCACAUACAUUGGUUAUGGUACUAUAACGAGAUAAU